GGGGACCCUGACCUGGCCGGAUGGCCGGAACUACGUCGGAGACUUCAAAGAAGGCUUGGAGCAUGGGUUUGGGAUCUGCCUCGUCCCCCGCGUGUCGGAGGAUCGCUACGACUGUUACAAGUGCCACUGGCAGGAAGGCAAAAUGAGCGGCUAUGGGAUCUGUGAAUAUGGUGACGAGAGGGUCUACAAAGGGUAUUUCAAGGACAACAUGCGCCAUGGGUUCAGUAUCUUGGAGAACCCUUCUUGCGCCGAGCACCCAUUUAAAUAUACGGGGCACUGGGAAAACGACAAAAGAAAUGGCUAUGGCAUUUGGGAUGACACGGAGAGGGCAGAGAGGUACAUCGGGAUGUGGCACGAAGACCAGAGACAUGGACCAGGAAUCGUGGUCACGCAGUCCGGCGGAUGCUAUCAGAGGAUGUUCCACACGGAUAAAAUGGUGGGCUCUGGAACUCUUCUCCUGGAAGACGACUCGGUCUACGAGGGGAACUUCACACCGGACUUAACGUUUGUUGGAAAGGGAAAACUGACCUUCCCCAAUGGAUUCACCCUGGAAGGAACCUUCAGCAACAAAUCCAGCCAAGGCCUGCAGACCCAAGGGAUCCUGGACACCUCCGGAGAACGACCGGAUGAGCCAAUGACCAAGCUCCAGCUCGGCCAGAAGGAAUUCCCCGUGGAGGUGAGAUGGGAGGGACUCUUCAGCCAGUUCCUGGAGUUCAUUCAUUCGGGAUGUCCAGCAGACCUGGAAGAGGCUUUCAUGGGUUUCCACGUCCAGACCAGCAAAGAGCUGAGGAAGUCUCAGGAGUACCUGUUUUGCCAAAGAGAAAAUGAAGACUUUCCGGCAAAGGUGGAUGUCCUUGGAGAACUCAUUGUCCACCAGGAACAGGGAACCCUGCAGGGCUACUUGGAACAG